AUGGCUAGCCUUGACUCUGCGCAAGUCAGCAUCCAGAGCAUUGAGAAUCCCGUUUCUGCUCAGCCAAGACCCGCCACUCAAACCUUCACUGACCCUGUCAUUGUAUCUGGCUACGAAGCUACCGAAGUUCCCAAUGCUGGCGGAUCCGUUUUCUACAUGUCAAAGGGUCCUUCCUCCACUGAUUGGACAUAUCAACCGUCAGCAUCCAUCGUUGCGGCAAUCACUACUGUCACUGUGCGGCCUGUUCCAGCUACUACGUCUCAUCAUCAGGAGGCCCAGCUCAGUGCUUCCAAUAACACCUUUCACGUCCCCUUCUCUAGUCCCUCUACUGGUUGGAAUGGCACUUCGGACGGCUCAUCCAUCGUCGGACCUACGGACACAAGCUCUGGAAUACCUGCAACUGGCACUGACUUCUCUUACAGCCCUCCCACCCCCUAUGCAUCUUCAAUGGAAGUCCUACCAACUCAGCCCGUGUACACGGCCACAGUCACCGAAGUUGCCACGGUCUACGCCACAACUCUGGCCCCUGUGAGCGGAUAUGGAACACCAGCAUACAGCUACGAUAUCUCCACAUAUAGCAAUGAUGCGAGCUUGCCCGAUAGCGAUCAAUUGAAAAAGAGACAAACAUGCGUGUGGAUUUCUGCAACAAUAGGUGGGCAAGAGGUUGGGUGGUGUAACAAUUGGGCUGGAGGGUCAACAUUGACUUUCACUUCGUGGGAGACAACCACGACUCCUUCGUACAUCCCAGGCAUUGGUCCCAUUACCAAGUCGGGCACCACCUCGACAAACUCUGCGGAAGGGUCCGUCACAAUCCAGACGUCCACCAACUUGGCCAGCUCCUCCUCACCAUCGUCUGCAACACCAACCGCCUGUGGCCAGACCGGUCCUUUCCAGAUUGGAUUUGACGACCUUCCCGUCUUUUCCACGAAUGACAACACCACUGCAGACUUCCCACCUAUUUUCAAUCCGUAUGAGCACUUCUUCUGGGGUGACGGAUGGGCUUAUGUGCCGCCACCAAUGGAACCCUUUCCCCCACAAUCAGGCAACCGACUUGCCCAGUUUGUUCCAUAUCUGAACAACACUGUUAGUGGCUCUACCGGCGCGGGUUCCAUUCCACCGAGUUCAUUCGGAGCUGGCCCUCGUAACUAUGACAACAACUACUGGUUCAGUGCCAGCUCCGCCUAUGUCGCAUGCGAUAACGGCUCCAGAAAUUUGAGCCAGAUAUGUGACUUCGUUGCAACGGCGUACCAGUGGGACAAUGUUACUCAGGCGGAGGUGGUGGUAGCCACUCAACAUUUCCGAAUACCCCCAUGCCCAGACUUCAACAAGUGCCAACUCACACAAAUUGUGUUCAACUAUCUCUUCUACAAGAUGUCGACGCUGAGCUUCUAUGCCAAUGUUCAAGGUCAGGUCAGUCAGUUCUGGAUUGACAGCAUCAACAUGAAUUGGUACAACAACACCUGCGCAGCUGGACUGGCUCGUAUGCAGUCGAGGAAGAUCUGA